ACGUCCUUCAGGUCUUGCAUGUGCGUCCUCACCAGCAUGUCCCGCAGAAGCAGGACGUCCGAGUGGGCCGGACUCUCCGCUGGAAGGCGCGCGGGAAGCGGCGCGUGUUCGGGCGCCCCGCCGCCGGCCCGCGGCUCUUCUCCCUCUCCGCCGCGGGCGCCGCCCCACCAUCCGCUGUGCCCGCCCCACGUCAAAGCGGACGCGGCUAACCUCAAAUGGGGCCAAUCGCAGCCGCCUCCGAUUCACCUUCACUACCCGCCCCCCGUGAGCGGCGACGGAGCGACCCCGCGCCCCGCCCCGGUGUCCCACCAGGCUCCGCCCGUGUCCCACCUCAGGACCAACGGCCUCAUGCUGGAUGACAUGAGAGGAGGGGCCAACGCCAAGAGGAGGCCUGGAGGGGCGGGCACCAGGGAGGUCCACAACAAGCUGGAGCAGAACAGGUGAGUUGCGCUGCGGACGGCUGUCGACUUCUCUUCUUCUCUUCCAA